AUGGAAAAUUUUGGCACUAGAGCAUGGGUGUGUGUUGCUGAAAAUCCUAACCCUGUUAAUGUUACAAGGACAAUAAUAGGGGCAAUAGAUUCUCCCUCUUGUAACGUGGAUCAUUUUGAUUCACUUCAAACUGAUUUGAAAGAAAAGCUGACAGGAAAGAGAUUUUUAGUUGUUUUAGACGAUGUUUGGCAUGAUCGACGAGAUAUGUGGGAGGAUUUUCUAAAACCUUUUCACUAUGAGAAUACUGGAAGUAAGAUUCUCCUAACAACCCGUAGUGAAAAGGUUGCUUCUGUGUUUGCCGCUAACAAUCUACAUUAUCGACUUAGUUUAUUGUCGGAUGAAGAUUGGGUUACCUUGGAGGUUUAUUGUGCAAUAAGCGUCUUGAAGGCCAUUGGAAGAAUAUACUCAAUAUUUCCGGAGGAUUAUGAAUUUGACAAAGAUGAAUUAAUUUUGUUAUGGGUGGCUGAAGACCUUUUACAACCAAAGGAAAACAACGCAUUAGAAAAUGUUGGUUGUGCAUACUUUGAUGAAUUAGUUGCAAGGUCAUUUUUUCAACCUUCCAGUACUAAUGAAAAGUUAUUUGUAAUGCAUGAUUUUAUGCAUGAUCUAGCAACGGUUUUUGCUGGAAAAUUCUAUUUCAAAGUCAAAGAAUUCGGCAAUCAACACGUGAUAGACAACAAAAUUCGUCAUUUGUCAUAUGCUGCUACAGAAGAUGAGGAUAGCAUCAAAUUAUUUCAAGAGGCCAAUAAUAGAGCAGUACACAUGAGAAACCUUUUGCUAGCCUCAUUGCUUGAUUCAAUAGGUGAAUUAAUCCAUUUGCGUUAUUUGAAUCUGUUCGACACACCUAUUAUGACAUUACCCGAGUCAAUAUGUAAAUUAUACAAUCUCCAAACUUUGAAGCUGAAGAAUUGUGCUGAGUUAGAGAUGCUCCCCAGAGGCAUGCAAGGUCUUGUGAACCUGCGCCACCUUGACAUUCGAGGUGCUUCUCAUCUGAAAGAGAUGCCGAAGGAAAUAACCAAGCUAAAGCAUCUAAACUUCUUAAGUGAUUAUAUCGUCGGCAAGCAUGAAGAAACUGGGAUAAGAGAACUGGGAACGCUGGACAAUCUCCAUGGCUCAUUUUGCAUUUCCAAGUUGGAGAAUGUCAAGAAUAGUGGUGAAGUUUUGGAGGCAAAGAUGGGUAACAAGAAGCACAUCAACACUUUAGAAUUGAAUUGGCUUCCAGAUGGUGACAUUGAUGAUGUUCAAACUGAAAGAGAUAUACUUGGCAAGUUACAACCUCAUCAAAACUUGAAAGAGUUAUCAAUUGUUAUGGCUGCGCCCCAUCUAGAGGAGCUGCAUCAAUACGAUUGCCCAAAAAUCGAUUGUUUUGCUGACGAGGGCCUCCCGCCGAGUUUGAAAAACUUCAACUCACUGAGUGCCACAAACUCGCGAGUUGGAUAG